GUGGUCAAAGCCUGACCUUAGGCCUCAAGUUCAUAAAAAAAGUCCACCACCAACCCAGCCCAGUAACAUGCUCUCAAAUUCAUUCUCACUCUCCAGACGCCACCCAGCAGAAAAACAAAAAAUUAAAAUCCUGAAGCGAUCUCCGUAAUCAACGUAAGAAUUAGGGUUGUGCUGAGAAAUGGCGAUGGCAGGGCGUAUCAGAUACACUCUCCCUCUCUUUCACAGGCUUUUGAGAGCCAAUUCUCUGUCCGCUCACACUCACAGAUCCACUCUUCCCCAAACCCUAAUUUGGCCCGACCUGUCGAAGAAUUAUUCUACUGCAUCCCCAAAAAAGGAAGAGAAAGUUAAGGUGCCUUUGGCUUUGUUCGGGGGAUCUGGAAACUAUGCCUCUGCACUGUACCUUGCUGCAGUAAAAGGAAAUAUCAUGGACAAGGUUGAGUCUGAACUUGUUGACCUUGUUCAGGCUUCAAAGAGAAGUCAAUUGUUUUCUCAAUUCACUAAGGAUUUGUCAGUACCUGCAGAGACACGAGUCAAAGCCAUUAAUGGUAUAUGUGGCCAAGCUAAAUUUUCAGAUCUUACAAAGAACUUCUUGGUUAUACUGGCUGAGAAUGGAAGGCUAAAGUAUAUAGAAAGCAUUGCAAAGAGAUUUGUGGAGUUGACCAUGGCUCAUAAAGGAGAAGUGAAAGCCACUGUCACAAGUGUUAUUCCCCUUCCCCCUCAGGAGGAGAAAGAACUGAAGGAGACCUUGCAGGAAAUAAUUGGACAGGGGAAGCAGGUUAAGCUGGAACAGAAGAUUGAUCCUAGUAUUCUUGGUGGGCUUGUAGUAGAGUUUGGGCAAAAGGUGUUUGACAUGUCCAUUAAGACUAGGGCACGACAGAUGGAGAGGUUCUUGCGCGAGCCUAUCAACUUUGAUUCCCUCUGAAAGAUGUUAUUAUUGCAACUGACCUUUUUAGGUUCCUUCUGCACCAAUUUCUUAUUGCAAGAAGGGCAAAGAAUCAUUUGUGGUCUUGUUUUUGCGCCUGUUUUCUUAUUCUUUGCUUUUCCAUAUGAUGGAAUGCAUCCAUUCACAAUAAAAGCAACUUUCUCGGCAUUUAUUUGGGAAAAUCACUGAUAUACAGUUUGUAUGGCUUUUUGGUGCCUGGCUGCUUUACCUUUCAGGAUCAUAAUUUGUUCAGGUACUUCUUAAAUGUGACUUGCCUGGACAGAUACUGUUUUUGAAUACAGAUGCAUGUCUCUUGAUAUUAUGUAUAUUGGCAUAUUUAGUUUCUACUUAUUAGUUAUAAGCAUGACAUAGGUUCAUCUGAACAAGGCAAGCAAGAAAGCAAGUUAGCAGGCUAGCUUCUGUAACCUUGCCAUCUGUAAGGUCAGGGAAGGGAAUGUGGAUGGGAUGUUUAAUCUUAGAUAAGUGUCCUAAAAACUUUGGUAAUUUGAGUCCUUGUGGUUCUCAACUAGAUAAUUACCGUCCUGUCAGCUUGAUAACCCUCGAAAUGAAAACCCGCUUGAAUCAUCCCUUUUCAUGCAUGGUAACUAGGGAAUGAGAACUUAUUAGUACCGAAUUUCAUUAGUAUGAAAACUUACCUCCUAAAAGAUGGAUGAGCUAUUUGAACUGAGCUCUUGGUUCUCAUCCUCCUUCAAUUUGAAUUGAAUACAUAUUCUCUUCAAACAAUGUAACAACUCAUGAAACCCCUUGAACUUGGUUGUACAUAUCCUGUACUGUUUAGUCUUAGUGCUUGCCACAGACCACAGCACACCCCACCCCACCAUAUAACCAAAAGCUGAAUAUGUUUCAAAGGGCCGCUACA